CAUUAUUGGUACUGGUAUCCCAGAAUACAUCGCGAGGGAUUAUGGCUGGUGUAUUGAAGAAGACCACUGGUUUAGUGGGGCUUGCUGUGUCUCAAAACCCUCAUGAGCGCCUAAGGAUACUUUAUUCCAAAAUCCUUGCAUCUCUGCAAACUAUUCCAAAAGAUGCAGCCUACAGAAGGUACACAGAACAGCUCAUCAAUGACAGAUUUGACUUGGUAAAAUCGGAACCGGAUAUAGAGAAGCUGGAAAGAAAAAUCAACUGUGGACAGAUAGAGGAAGUUAUUGUCCAGGCUGAGAAUGAGCUCUCAUUAUCCAGGAAGAUGGCUGAAUGGAAACCAUGGGAACCUUUAAUUGAAGAACCCCCGACCAACCAGUGGAAAUGGCCAAUUUAAAAAAGAAAACUUGAACUAAAUGUAAAAAUUUCUCCUUCUAUUGUCCCAAAUUGUUUGAUCUAAUGUCAUACAGUUGCAAAUCAUGUAAAUUCAGUUUUGCAUUAUUUGUGAAAAAAAAUUGUAUUAAAUAAAAAUAUCAAUAAAACGCUUAAAUGUAGGUGUGUAUUCGUACUAAAUUCAAUGUUACUGUUAUGCUUAUAAACCAGUGCUCAUUAAGAUGAAGAAUAAUUGAGAGAUGUAAUACCAGUGCACUGGUGUGUGUGUUUGUCCAAUUUCAACUAAUGUUCAAUUUUCUAGAUGAUUUUUAUUUUAUUUUGAUCCACUGUACAAUACAGAAUGUACAAAUAUAUACAACUAGGAUCGUGUAUUCUCACCUGUUUAAUCUAUAUAGCAUUACACGGAAUGUUUAGUUUUUUUUCAGGACACAAACAGCUGACAAAUUUAAAACGUCUGAAGUUUAAAGCAAUACUUUUUAUGUUGCAUAUCUGUUUUAUAAUUUUGGAAAUAAAUACAAAUUAAUUAC